AUGUUCCUGUCUCUUUCUGCGGAGUCCUGCUGCAGUUGUCUGGUGAGACGGAGGUUGAGAGCAGUCAUGGUCGUCAGGUGUUGGAGCUCACUCUCUCUCAUGUGUGUCGCCAGCUCCCUGCGAGGGACCACGACACUACACCCAAACUCCUUCAUCUCGCAGGCCACGGGCUCCAGUGGACACACACUGCGAUGUUGCUCCAUCCCCACCGCUCCACACUGCCCACCUCACAACCAUUUGGACAAGGCUCGGGGAACUUGGGACACUCUGGUUCGUGUUUCCCGCUCUCCGGCAGUAUACAGCCACAGACAUAGGGACUCUUCUCUAGCGGUGGGGCUGAGGGAUAGGGAUAGGGAGGAGGAGGAUCGGACAUGUUGCUUUUGCCACGCGCCUGCGCAGAAUAAAGUGGGCGGGACAAAUCGUCAUCUCAGCGGCUUUCUAUCUGGCCUUGUGCGUGGUGCCAGUGAUGGUAGUAUGCCGGCUAGACGGACGGUGCUGCGACUGCUGCUACUGUUCCUAGUCGCCGCCGCGGUAAACCUCGCCGUCAUCUUCUACCUCGGAGUGCCGGAGUCGAGUGCAGGAAGCGAGAAGUACGUGCAGCGGAUUCAGCAACAGUCCGAGCUAAUCUCCAGUCUCUCUAGAAACAUAAGCAGGCUUCAGCGCAGGUUGGAACAGCUCCAAAAAGGCGCGGGAGACGACAAGCAAGAAGACGACGAAUUGGCGUGGAUUUACAUGAUAACGCCGACGUACGCGCGAUGGACGCAGAAGGCGGACCUCACGCGGCUGGCGCAGACGCUCAUGCAAGUCCCUCGCCUCCACUGGAUAGUGGUUGAAGAUUCCGAACGCAAGACGGAGCUAGUGACAGAGUUCUUAACGGAGGCGGAUGGAAGUUUUGAAGAUCACUCAUUUGAACGUCCGGACAGAGGAAUUGAGCAGAGGAACAAGGCUCUGGAGUUGCUGAGGCGGAAAGCGGCAGACGGGACCCUUGUGGGUGGGGCUAGGGGUGUGGUCUAUUUCGGUGAUGACGACAACACGUAUGACAUUGCAAUAUUUGAAGAGAUGAGAAAGACUAAGAAAGUGUCCGUGUGGCUGGUGGGCAUCAGUGGUGGUGUGAGGUUUGAAGGAUUUGCGGUGAAUCUUCAGCUGCUGUUGGACCACCCAGAAGCCAGGAUAGACCCAAAUGCACCGCGAGGACACCUGGAAACUUCUCUACUGGAGAAUCUGGUCACUCAGGACCAGUUAGAGCCACUGGGAGAUGACUGUACUAAGGUAUUGGUUUGGCACACGCGAACAGAAGUUCCAAACAUGAAACACGAAAAAAGACUCAUCGAAAGUGGAAACCCCUCAGAUCCAAACAUUGAGACGUAAAACCAAACCCCCCACUUAAUAAUUUAAUGACAUCAUAAAUAAGAGUACAUUAUUUUCAUUUACACCUCGUUAAAUUUUGUGAAUAAUACCCUACCGCUAUAAUUACUAUCCGCUAGAAGAUAAAAGGGAUUAUCUUGUAAGGUACUUUCUUGCAAUACUCGUUCCAGAACUCUCCGUAUUUUUCCGCACAUCUCACGUCGUCUCUGAUCGCCCGGUGUGUCAGUAGAAUGACCAGGAACGUGACGUAGAAAUACGGGAUUGGGCUCGAGAACAGCGCCGGAAUGGUCCACAGAAACGCGGCGGUUAUUUCAGGGACGUAGUGGAAAUGGCGGGAAACUCCCCACCAUCCCGACAUCAGUAGAAUACUCUUCCUUUCCUGGCCCUCGCUCGUGUGGAAAGUAGCUCGGAUUAUCUCCGGUUUGCGUCCCCAUACCGUGCAAUUCCCGUCCGUAUUCCGUACCUGUUCCCGCUGGCGGUCUGCGUCGUAGUUGAAGAAUAUGCAGAAGAUCCCGAGAGCGAUAAUCGCCACGGAGACGGGAAGCCCCAGGUCGUUAGGGUGGGUGGUGAGGUAGAGGGUGUGGCUUGUAUAGACAGAGGGAACCCACACCAUACAGCCCCAGCACAGCAUGAAUCCGGCUCUGUCAUGCAUGAUAUCCAGGCUCUUCAUGUACCCCAUCUCCCACUGGAAAAACUUGGUGAUGUAGAUCAGUUGCAGCACCACGGAAACAACCAUAGAGUCACUCAGACUUCCGAGCUGGUAUUGCUUCGCUGCGUAGCACAGCAGAAAAAGUCCCCAACUCAUCAUCCCGAAACGACAGUUUGUGAACAUUUUCACGUCCCAACCCAAAAUCCGCGGGUAGAGCUCCGUUCCCCAAUAGUAAUCGAAUAUGGGGUUGCCGCUGGCGCCGGAAUCGGUCGAUGAUGGCAGGAGCUUACCCUUGAGGGAGAUAACGAGGCAAAACACCAGACUGAAGAGGUUUAGAGUCCCGAUUAUCUCCUGGUAAUGGUCGUAAACCUCCGCAGGGUUGAAAAUCUUGAACACGAACCCACAUAGGCAGAACACAGCUAGGGUUAUGAAGUAUGACAAAAGACCGUUGGCCUUGUAAAUGGGAAUGUUUCCAGCCGGCGUGACCGGCCCCCGGGUAGUUUUUCCAGGGACGAGUCGCAUUAGGAGGAGCUGGAAGGCGGCGAAAGGGAGGAUAAACUCGCAGGCUCUGCGGGAACCGAAAACGUACGGGAAUACGCUCGUCUUGAGUAUCUGUAGGGGGCCGUCUCUCGCAGCGACGCGUGCGAAUUCCAGCAGGUCUCCGUCGAAUUCCACGAUGAUUCUGAUGAAGACCAUGGCAAAGACGGGGCAGACGAAGACAAGGAAAGCCGGUACGAAUGUUGAACCCGUGACAGUGUACGAAACGGCUUGUUUGUCUUCGACUUUGCCCGUUUUUAUACCGUUUGCCGUAGCGGUGCUGUCCUCGGGGCGAUGCCAGGCACCGCUUGCAGCCGCAGCUCGUCGUUUUGUCGACAUCUCUGAGCUGCAGAUGGAGGACGACCAAACAACACUCUAUACUGAGUGUCAAAUAUCAGAUCAGAGAAAGUUGUC